UAGAAUCAAAAACGUAAAUUAACCUAAGAACACGCUGUGUGGCAAAUAGCAAUCAAGGCAGCGCCGACAGCGGCAGCAGCAGCAGCAGGUGGGGCAGACUGUGCGUGCGCAUUUAUGUUUCUACGUUGUUUAUGUACGUAAAUGUAAGCGCGCAUAAGAGCGGUUUCAAAGCAUUCUCACCAGAUGCCGGUUGUGAUUACGCUCGCCGCCAAAGAGUCAGCAGGACAGUCAGUCCACCGCCCAGCAGAUCGGUCGGCCUACUCGCUGAGCAGCUUGGGGCGCGCGCGCGCGCGCUGAUGAAGCGUCUCAAAUUUUUGACAACUUUAUUUAGAUGCGCGCAGAUGUGUACAUUUAUACUGGCAUAUAUCUACAUAUCUACAUACAUAUGUAUGUAUGUACGCCUGCCUGUCAGCAGCUAAGUACUAUAAAAGCGUGCGCAUAGCCAGUAUUUACAUUAAACUGCUUCUGAGUAACAAAACAGACGCACAUACUCCCACCGCGCGCACCAAUAAACACAAUCACACACACACACGCUCGCACGAAUUGCAACUUACCGCUAAAAGUUGUGAAAAGCUUUUGUAGUUUUUUUCUCUGAAAAGGAUUAAUUUGUCAAGCGUACGCAAAAAAAAAAUGUGUCGCACAAUAUUUGCAUUUAUCACUUUCUGUUGCUUGGCUUUGACUUGCACGCAAGCGGCUGUUAAUAGCAAUUCACCGCGUCCAAACAAUCAAUACGCCGCCAGCUCACAGCAAAGCGAUGCAUCUGCUUCGGCAUAUUUUACAAAUAACCAAAAUCAAUAUUUGCAUAAUAAUCAUAUUGGUAGUGGCAGUCUACAACAGCAGUGGCAGCAGCAGCAACAACAACAACAGCGACCCCAACAGGAGCCAGUAACAGAAAAGAAUGUUUUGGAUCGUUUCGACCAUCGCUUCCCGGAUGGCAGCUACGAGUUCAGAUACGAAUUGGCUGAUGGUACUGCGCGCUAUGAACGUGGCUACUUUCUUGUCUAUGACAAAGUUAAAACGCUGGUUGUGGUUGGCUAUUACUCCUACCGUCAGACCGAUGGACGUUACAUCACUGUCUUCUACAAUGCCGAUCAAAAUGGUUACAGACAAAAUCAAU